CUGUCGCAUUUAUCGAAGGACGGAACUUCGAUCCAUAUGGUGGAUGUGGGUAGGAAGACUGUAAGUCGGCGUACGGCUACGGCUCAAUCAAGAGUUGUGCUGCCCUUGGAAGUCAUUGAGGCUUUUGCAGUUGAUGAAAGAGGUAAUAUGGAUUUGGUGGGGCCCAAAGGGCCAAUAUUUGCGACUGCGAAAUUGGCUGGAAUCAUGGCUGCCAAGAAAACGAGCGACUUGAUUCCACUCUGUCAUCCGUUGGCGCUGGAUCAGGUCACGUUGGAUAUUCGGCUCGAAGACGGCAACACCGUGGUAAUUGAGUGCGAAUGUCGGGUGACCCAUACAACGGGUGUUGAAAUGGAAGCUCUGACAGGUGCGAGUAUUGCCGCCUUGACAGUAUACGAUAUGACAAAGGCGCUGAGCCACAAUAUUCGUAUCGAAAGCACUAAACUGUUGAUAAAAACUGGAGGAAAACGGACAGUAAGGGACGAAGAGGCUGCAUCUCAAUUGUAG